AUGAAUUUUGUGAACGAAGACGUCCUCCUUGAUAAAGAUGCGUUAAACGAAACAGCAGCUUUCACCGUGGAAGAACCUUGUCAAUGUCUCGAACUUUCACUUCGAACUCGAAUAUUUGGGUUCUUAAUAACAUUCACCAUCGGCGGGACGUUACUCAUCAUAUGCAUUCCACUACUUGGAACAGUACUUGUUGCACCAACAGUGUUUGCGAUUGUCUAUACCAUUGCUAUAUCACUCAUCUUCUGCUCGAUGUUCUUCUUGUAUGGACCAAAGCAACAGUUUAAUAAAUUGAUAUCCUCUCCACUCAGAUUUAUAGCGUUUUUGAUAUGUUUAGCGACAACGAUAUUCACACUCUUUUGUGUCUUCAAAUUCAGAUUCUUGUUGGUCAUUAUUAUAUCAAUUAUUUUACAACUCGCAGCUUCUUCGUUCUACGGAUUCUCACUACUUCCCUUUGCGCAAAAUAUUUGGGAGAAAUGCACGAAAGGGAGAAAGGAGUGA